AGUGAUUCUAACUUUGGAAGACGUGUAGCACGGGAGAAAACAGCCCCGAAUUCUCGAAUGAAUUGAGCUUUAAUUUGAUAAAGUUAAGCAUAUGCCGCAUUGACAUUAUUUACGGUUAGUUUGUUUGUCGAGUUGCUCGCUAGCUAGCCGUUCCUGCCUACUGCCUGCUGCCGCAUGUUGCAUAUGUAACCUUGGGCUUGGCUCUCAUUGAUUCAGUGUCAUGACUAGCAAUGAGGCCAGCACUGGGUAGAUCAUAUUUAUUUUGGGGCUGUCCAGCUGUGUAGUACGUUGUAAGUGCUCCCAUAUAGUACUUUAGUAGACUAGCUCAGAGAGAGUCAGACUGUAGAGGAUGUACAUUACAUCAUAAACUGUUUAGUAUGGCUGAGAAGAGUGGAGGUCGAGGUGUCACGGGACAAAGAGGCAAAUAUUUUGAUCUUAGAGUCAAACUUUUUACCAAUGAAGUUUUCCCAGUUCGAGAUGUCUACAAUGAAAUGAAGGUUAGGGCUCUUAAAGCUAGGAUGGAGUUUGUGACUGGAGUUCCGAGUCAUCUUCAGAGGUUGACGUACUUGGAUGGAGCUGAUAUGAUGGAUGAUAGUGAUAUUAAACAUCAUGAUAUUGUUCCUGGUGCCGUUAUUAAUCUUGAUGUAUGGUAUACAUGGAAAACUCUUAUACAAGCUGCUGCUGAUGGAGAAACAGAUACGUUACUGAAGCUUGGAGUUACUAAAGACAGUAAAUACAAUACUCCAAACUCUGAGGCAAUGAAUGAACGGUCAAAGGCAACUUGGUUAGCUGAGAGGGCGUUUGUAGCUCUGUGUAUUGCAUCACAUAGAGGACAUGUAGUACUUGUACAGAAACUUAUUGAUGGAGGAUCAGAUGUUCAUGACAAAACACCGAAUGGUCGUACAGCACUUCACAUCACUGCUGCCCAGGGUAAGAAUAAUGCAGUAGAAGUCUUACUGAAUAAUGGAGCAACUAUUGAAGAUCCUGACAAUGAGGGAAAGAGUGCACUCGUUCUGGCUGGUCUAUGGGGACAUAAAUCAUGCGAGCGUCAAAUAUUCCUCUUCCAGUGGCAACAGAGGGCAGCAAAACAAAAGCCUAUCUCUGACAGUGGACAGCUACUUGCGCAUCAGAUGUAUGACUCAAAACUCAAGACGUGGCUAACCGGUCCAGAAGCUCAGUUGUAUUAUUCCCAGAUCCUUCCACCGGGAGAGUUCUCAGGAACGGGUUUGUCGGCUCCGAGGAGAUCCAUAUCACCUCGACCAAGUUCCGCACCUUUGGAACGGGGAGUGGAUGAGACGAUAAGAAACGGAAAGUUAAUGGAAGGGAAUAGAGGGACUCAGGUCUCGCUAGGAACUGAGUCUUUAAAGUCAUUGAGGAUAGCUGAUUCAAAGAAGACUAGCCCCAGCAAGGGACGAUAUGCUAGCCCAUUUCAAGAAGCUAAAUCCAAAGCAUCUGGUGACAAGAAAUCUUAUGACGACUGGCUGGCGCAGAAAAAAGCUAAAGAACGCCGGCAGGCAGAAUCCAAACGCAAGGUCAUACAACAAGAAAAGAUCAAAGUAGAAGAUGAACAACGAGCCGUUCAAGAGAAGGAGAAAUCUUAUGAAACGUGGCUGAAGGAGCAGAAAGCAGCGGCUAAAGGUAAAGGGAAAGGAGGUCCUGCAUUACAGAGCAGAUCCCCAGAGAGAGGAGUUGUCACUCCGGAUGAUAAAGGGUUAGACUUAAUGAAGAUUAGGAAAGAAAUGGAUAUCUUACAUCCUGUACAAGUACAUCACUGAAGAACUUCAACAAAAUCUCAGCUUCUCAAGAAACUGUCAUCCUGUAUAAGUACUUCACUGAAGAAGAACUUCCAAUUAACUCGUCUUUACAAGAAACUGUCAUCCUGAAGUACUUCACUGAAGAUAGACCAAGAAGGUCCUUAAGAUCUUCCAAAUUACUCGGCUUCUCAAGAAACUGUCUUCAUGUUUUACCUUUGAAAGUCCUUCUUCAAUGAUGCAUCAUGAUGAAAUUUUAUCCGAUUCUCUGACGAGUCAUAGAUUGACUCGGAGUGGUGAUCUGAAAUAUUCCUUUUAUCCGUCCAAAGGUUUGUGUGAAACCUUGAAAUUGGACAACCUUUUACUUUUAACUGUACUAGUAAGAUAUCGUGUAUUUAUGUAAAUUAGUGGUGGUGGGAUUUUGUGGUUAUUUUAAUGCAUCCUUUAUUCUGUGAUUGCACAAAGUAAGUUUAGCAACCAGUUUAAACUGGGUAGAUCAGUUUUGUGAGAUGGGUUGAAGGUACUAGGGCCUAUAUAUGGAUUUUUUGGGGGUCAAUGAAAUCUGUGGAACGUUGAACAGUAAUCUUGUUUAAGUGGAUGCAAUUUGAGCCUGUAAAACCGGAUAGAGUGACAAUUGUAAUAGGUUACAGUUGCAGGGGUUUGAAAGAGAUUUGAAAACAAUUUAUGAAAAACUUGCACUUUUAAUAGAGUUUAGGUUGAAUAUUUAUAUAAAAUUAAAUGCUUGCUGCUUGUAUUUAUUGUCGUCCAGUACAUCAUGAAGGCAGCUAGGUCUAACUUUAGCGCUGUUGAACCUGUUAAGGUUCAACAGCGCUAAAGUUGGACCUUUAAAAAGGUCAAGUCAGGCUGGGGAGGUUCUUGAGCAAUACAGGCCCAGAAAGGGAUGACAAAAAGCAUUGCUUAUAGGCCUACAAUUUUUCUUGAGCAAAUUAGCAGAGAACCUGAAGCACAAUACAAAGCAUGGUUCUUUGUGGUUACUCAUUUUCUGCUGAGCAAAUUUGUCUUUACAAAGCAGCUUUAUUGCUAAACUGUUCCUGAUGCAAUUUUGUCUUUGCCUUGGAAAUAAUGUGCCUUGGUAAACAUGAAUAUACUAUCAUUGUGGAUCAAGCAUAUUUAAAGUUGUUUUACUUUACAAUGUUUCAGUGCGUUAACAUAAGAUUCAAACUGGCCUCUUUUGACCAUGCAUUUUGGGUGGUCUAGAGCGGUGAGACAUCUACUCUAGAAUGUGUGUCGGGGUUCGAAUCCCACCUGAGUAGUAAUGCCUGUGAAUUAUUGUCCACAUGACAGGGGGCAGUGCUUAUCACACAUCAGUGUAGAGUAAAACAACAAUUACUGCUCUAUGAAAUUGUUUCAAUAAUAACUUGACAAAUUGUUUUGUAAUGGGAACCAUAAAAUAACAUAUUCAGCAGGGGAUUUAUUGACAGAAAUCAAUUUGAGUCACUCAAUUCUCUAAUAUUUAAUUAAUGAGAAAAAGACUCUACUAAUAAUUCUAUUGCCAAAGAAGGUUUUCUGUAUAUAAAGAAAAAAAUAAGCUACUUAAGAACAAAAAGUGACUAUAAAUGUAAACCGACAAAACAAUCUGACAUUCAAGUUGCUGUAUCUAAGAAAGAAUUCAAUCACGAAACAGCUAAGUCUUAAUUUUUAACCUGUUUGAAGUGUAUUUGACAGUAGCUUUGAGUAAUUGUAUUAUUAUUAAAUGUUUCAAAUCUACCUCUGUGCAUUAUGUAAAACAUUUAUGUACGGAUAAGAAUCAUGUCUAAGAUGUGUCACUCUACAAUAAUGAUAUAUCUAUUCUGAUUUUGAAAAUGUCAUGGUGGAAACUCCAUGAUGGUUUGCAGAAAGAACAAAUGUUCUUUCUUAAAAGUACGGUUCAGAAAUUUGCAUGGUUUAAAAGUCUAUAGAGGUUUCAGUGAUACCAAAGAAGUGUGUUUUGUAAUAAGGUGUGCGCAACAUUGGUAAGUGUGAAAAUACUCAUUAAGAAGAAUAUGAAACUUGACAUGGUGGGAGUAUAAUCAGGUUUAUGGUAGCAGCAUGCAUCUCUUUUGACUAGUUUUGGUUCCGAGUUGUCAACCACCGGUUCUUUUCAGACCCAACACUGCUCAAAAUAGAUUUACACAUGGUGCUGCCGUAACCUCACGGUAAGAGUUGUCCAUCACCGGUUCUUUUCAGAACCAACACUGCUCAAAAUAGAUUUACACAUGGUGCUUCGGCAUAUCUCGCCAGCAAAUAUUCAAUGUUCACUGGUCAGCACAAAAAUUGAAUGGUGUAUCAGAUGUGCUUGGUGGGGAGCUUCACUGGAUGUGUUUUUGCUUGAGUAUAACGAAGAAGUUUUGAUUUCAAGGGUUGAUGUUUGAAAUAGGUGACAACUCUGAUGUCUGUUUACUGUGAUGACGAUUGAGCUUGAACAUUCACAGGUUUGUUAUUCCACAUAAUGUUGAAUCAAACGAAGUGUGAAUACUGGUCUUUGACACUUGCCAAUGUUGUCCACCUGCCUUAAGAGUAGAGAUGUGGAAUUUUGCAUGAUGUGUCUCUUAAAAAAACUAGACUUGUGUUUUUUCAGAAGGAAAUUAUUUCCAAGAUGUGACUAUUAAAGGCAGUGGACACUAAUGGUAAUUACUCAAAAUAAUUAUAAGCAUAAAACCUUACUUGGUGACAAGUAAU